AUGGACUUGGAUCACUUAUCAGCAACAGACCAAGAGAUCCUGGACUGGUGCUAUACCUACCAACUGAGACCGGCGGCUUACGCUGCGCGUUUGCUGGGCCCACACUCGUCCAACGUCGUUCUUCGACUCAACAACCAAGCGGUACUGGCCAAAUUGCCAGAGCUCAGUGCCGACGAGAAAUCAAACGUGGAAUUGUUGCAAAGGGCAUACUUCUGGAAAUCCCUCAAUGCCCUCUCCACGCAAUCUCACAAGCUCGAGAACUCCUACAUACCCUCCCCGCCUCCUUCUUUGCCUGACGAUCCUAUUGGGAUCACCUCCUGA